UUAGUGGAUAAAAAGUUGAGAGUUUUCCGUCUCUGGCUUGAAACGCGCGUGAAGCUUCGGACCGAGCGCGAGACCUUCAGGACGACCAGCAGCGUCAGAGCCGAGAGACGUCCGGAGGCGGAGUCAGAGUGACAGGGCCGUUUCGUGGGCGGGACUUCCUCUGAGCAGAGGACAAGAUGCUGCUGACUUCCUGCUCUGCCCCCUGCAGCUCCACCUGGCUCUGGUGCCUCCUGAUGAUCCUGUCGGCUCCUCCAACAGUUCUCGGGGGCGAGCAGACCGAGCCGUGCGGCGGCAGGGACUGCUCCACCUGCCAGUGUUUCCCAGCCAAAGGAGCAAGGGGGGCUCCAGGUCCUCUGGGUCAGCAGGGCCCUCAGGGCCCCCCAGGCUUCCCGGGCCCUCUGGGGACACCAGGCCAGAAGGGCCAGAGAGGAGACGAGGGUCCAACAGGAGCCGGAGGACUGAAAGGAGACUCGGGAAGCGUCGGCGUUCCAGGUUUUCCAGGUUUAGAAGGAAUCCCGGGUCACCCGGGUCCUGCUGGAGGUCCUGGUUUUCCAGGUCUGGAUGGAUGUAACGGAACCAGAGGGGAGAGAGGAGACCCUGGUCUUCCUGGAGGACUAGGACCUGAUGGGGAACCGGGUUUGUCAGGACCGAAGGGGUUUCCAGGAGAUCCAGCCGUGUACUUCGUUCAGUACCCUGGAGUACCUGGGGGCGUCGGCUCUGAAGGACUUCCUGGUCGGCAGGGGGAUCCGGGUCUCGCUGGUCUGAUGGGGGUUCUGGGUCCUCCAGGACUCGACGGGGCCAACGGUUUCCCUGGUCUGCCUGGCUCCAGGGGCGCACCGGGAGAAAAAGGUCGAUCUCUGCCGGGCCAGAAAGGAGACGAGGGGGAGCAGGGCCUCCAGGGGCCACCGGGGCCGUUUGAGUACGUCGACCCUCCAGAAGACCUGUACAUCAAAGGAGAAAAGGGUACUCAAGGGAUUGAAGGAGUCUGUGGAAGGCAAGGACUGCCGGGUUUAGACGCUCUCCCAGGGAUCAAAGGAGAAAAAGGGAUUGUGGGAUUUCCUGGUCCCAGAGGAUUCUUUGGUCACUCUGGUCUGCCCGGCGACAGAGGAUUCACGGGCAUUCGAGGAAGUCCAGGUCUCCCAGGUCUGAUUGGACGAGAGGGUCCGAAGGGCAUGAUAGGAGAUCUGGGUCCGAAAGGCCUCCCUCAGGACGUGGACGUCACACACUCGGGUGACGUUGGAGGCCCCGGGGCCCCUGGACCAAGGGGCCCUCCAGGAGACCUGGGGCUGAUGGGAAUGCACGGCCCCACCGGAGGCCCCGGCCGAUCCAUACCUGGUCCGACAGGUGUUGUGGGUCAGAGGGGUGGUCCAGGAUCCAAAGGGGACAAAGGAGAUCCAGGUCAGGCUUAUAGAGACAGACCCACACCUGGAGAACCUGGGAAACCAGGACAUCCUGGACCCAGAGGACUGAAAGGAAAGCAGGGGAGACCAGGUAGUUACUGUCUUCCCGGGGCCCCAGGAGAGUCUGGAGAUCCAGGUGAUCAGGGUUUCCCGGGGACCCAAGGCUUCCUAGGGUUCAAAGGUAGUCCUGGCGACUGUUCUUGCGGCCCCCCAGUCGUACUGAGGGGCCCCCCCGGCCGUGUGGGGGACUCAGGGUCUCCAGGGUUUCCAGGAUCUCUAGGGGCCCUGGGGCUGAGAGGAGAGAAAGGUUUACUUGGAGACCCAGGAGAGCGUGGACAUCAGGGUUUGGGCGGAUUUCCAGGUGUCAAAGGGUUCAAAGGUCAGAAGGGAGAUUUCACUGUGGUGGAUUUUAAAGGUGAGAAAGGAAACCCGGGCCAGCAGGGCCCUCCAGGCAGACAAGGAUUUUCAGGGAGGAAAGGACUCAAUGGGCCCCCAGGGGCCCCUGGAAACCCCGGCCUAGAGGGUGAAAGUUUCGCCAGUUCUCAUGGAGAAAGGGGCUUCCCUGGACAUCCGGGGCUAAAGGGCUUAUCAGGGCCUUCAGGCACCCCCGGGCGAGGUGUAGUCGGUGCAGUAGGACAACGUGGUGACCCUGGGGACCCGGGACCUGAAGGACUCCCAGGCCCCUCAGGACCGAAGGGGGUCAGAGGGGACACUCUACCCUGUGUGCCCAGAAACCCCGGACCCCCCGGGGAGAAAGGAGACACUGGAGAUGCAGGUUACAAAGGACUGCCUGGUCCUCCAGGUUUUCGUGGCAUCACUGGACCUGAUGGACUUAAAGGGGACAAAGGCCGGCCUGGACUGCUUGGACAACCUGGACGACAAGGACCUUCGGGUUCUGUUGGUGAUACCGGAGAAGAAGGACCUGAAGGCUUCAGUUAUGGUGGAGAUCCAGGUUCUGCGGGGCUCCCGGGCUCUUCUGGACUCAGGGGCCCAGCAGGAGACUCUGAAGUUGGGCCCUCAGGACCCAUUGGCUUCCCAGGACAACUGGGCUCUCCGGGACCUAAAGGAGUCCCUGGCCCCCCCGGCAUCAGUGGACUAAAAGGAGUCCUGGGUCUGGCUGGGGGCCCCGGUGUGCAGGGCCAGAGAGGACAGGAUGGGGCCCCAGGUAAAACUGGCCCUCAGGGGCCCACAUCUGACUUCUGUGACGCAGGAAAAUCUGGUUCCAGGGGCCUUUUUGGCCCUCAAGGACCCAUAGGGCCCCCAGGUUUUUACGGGGAGAAAGGUGAGAUCGGGCAGGGGGGUCUUCCAGAUUAUGGCCCUAAAGGCCCUCAAGGCAAACCAGGCUCUUCAGGUUUCCCGGGGUACACGGGGCCCCAGGGCCCCCCUGGUCCCGGCGGAGACUCUGGACUGCUGGGGCUCAGUGGUCAGACAGGUCUGAUGGGGCCGCGGGGCCAGGACGGAGGGCCAGGGGCCCCUGGACAGACCGGGGCCCUCGGAGCCACGGGGAGGAAGGGGGAGAGAGGGUCCAACGGACGAGACGGAGGUCCAGGAUGUGAGGGUCGGAAAGGAGAGAAAGGUUGUAAAGGGGCCCUGGGGCCUCCAGGAGAGACCAAGGGUGUCCCCAUCAAAGGAGAGAGAGGAACAGAAGGACCCUCUGGAAUCAACGGCUUUCCUGGACCACGAGGAAAUAAAGGUGUGCGAGGAGCUGCUGGUAAGCCGGGGUAUCUGGGCAUCAACGGACCCACAGACAUCGUAGGACUUCUGGGACCACCUGGGCCCUACGGACAACCAGGACCUUCAGGAUCGCCUGGACGUACAGGACCACCAGGAUUCAUCGGCUUUCCAGGGGAGACCGGAGAUCAGGGUGACCUGGGAUGUCCAGGAAAAGUUGGAGAACCUGGUCGCCAAGGAUGUACUGGAUCCAAAGGUGAUAAAGGAGACUCCUUCGGUUGUUCUGGUCCACCUGGAGACAACGGGCCUCCUGGAGACUUUGGACCCUUAGGACCUCGCGGACCUCACGGACUUCCUGGAGGACCCGGUUUUAUUGGGGGUCCAGGACAAAGAGGAUGCAAAGGAGAUCAAGGCCAGCAGGGGGAACUGGGCCCACCAGGUGUGGUCGGUCCGUCGGGUCCCAGAGGCCGUUCUGGUCUUCCAGGUCUUCCUGGUAAUGCGGGUGCUGAUGGUCCUCCAGGACCUGCAGGCUUCCUGGGACUUCCAGGUCCUCCUGGACCACUGGGCCUUCACGGACUGGACGGACUCAAGGGAGUGAAGGGGGACAUGGGGACCAGAGGUCUGGGGGAAUCGGGUGAUCCAGGUUCUCUUGGUCUUCCAGGGGAUAAAGGUCCUCCAGGUCCCCCGGGACACAUUGGUUCAUCACAGCAUGGCCCACCGGGACCCAGAGGCCCCCCAGGACCCAAAGGACCACAAGGGGAUUUGGGACCUCCAGGUAAACCUGGACCAGACUGUAAAGGUCCAAUCCCAGGGACUCUUGGAGAUCCUGGUCCUACUGGAAUAGAUGGAGAACCAGGGUGUUCUGGUGAGGUGGGGGAUCCGGGUCAGAACCCUCCAGUACCUGGAGAUGAUGGGGACAACGGGGACACAGGGUGCCAGGGGCCAGGGGGCCUUCAAGGACCUCAGGGGCCCGAAGGUCUGCCAGGCAUCACCGGAAAUCCGGGAUUGAAAGGUCUGCGGGGGUCUUCUGGUCUGAUGGGCCUACCUGGUAAUAGGGGUCCUAGAGGCUGUACCGGUCCCGGUGGGCCUCCAGGACCAAAGGGAUCCACUGGACCGGUGGGUCCAAAGGGGGAGAUGGGACGAGUCUCAUCUUGCCCCACUUACCCUCCUGCGACGCCAGGUCCUCCAGGUCCCCCUGGGUCCCCCGGUCUGGAUGGAGAUGUCGGCGUCCAGGGAGAAAUCGGCCGGAUAGGACCCAAAGGUAAGAAGGGGGACAUCGGGUUUGAGGGACCAUCAGGCCCUGAGGGGCCUGAUGGUCCAGAUGGAGGCCGAGGAGAACCGGGCCGGCCGGGGGAGAGCGGAGUCGUGGGAGCCCAAGGUGAUCCUGGUCCAAUGGGUGACCGCGGCCCUCGUGGACCAACCAAAAACUUGAACUCUGGCUUCUUAUUGGUGUUGCACAGCCAAUCAAAGGCGGUUCCUUCCUGUCCACUCGACAUGAAGGUCCUGUGGGUCGGAUAUAGUCUGCUGUACCUGGAGGGCCAGGAGAAGGCUCACACUCAGGAUCUGGGUCAGGCGGGGUCGUGCAUGCGGGUCUUCUCCACAAUGCCGUUCUCCUCCUGCAACAUGGGAACCUGCUCCUACGCCAGUCGGAACGAUAAAUCCUAUUGGCUGUCAACGACGGCGGCCGUCCCCAGUAUUCCGGUGGGCGGAGCCUCCAUCGAAGACCACAUCAGCCGCUGCGUGGUGUGUGAAGCCCCCUCCUCACCUGUCGCUCUGCACAGCCAGACCUCUGGCCAGCCAGACUGCCCCCCCAACUGGAGGAGCCUGUGGACCGGAUACUCUUUCCUCAUGCACACGGGAGCCGGCGACGAGGGCGGCGGCCAGUCUCUGACAUCAUCUGGCAGCUGCCUGGCGGACUUCAGGGCCCAGCCCUUCGUCGAGUGCCAGGGGCCCCGAGGAACCUGCCACUACUUCGCCAACAUCUACAGCUUCUGGCUGACGCGGGUGGAGACGACGGCCUCCGAGCUCGACCACGGUGCCUCCACCACGCUGACGGAGGGCUGGCAGCAGAGGGAGAGCAUCGGGAGGUGCAGCGUCUGCAUGAGGGAAUGAGGAGGAGGAGGAGCCUCCUCUUCCUCCUCCUCUUCCUGCAGAGCCUGAGAGGACAAACAGGAAGAGACUCUUUGGUUUGUCUCUGUGAGGAGAAACUGUCAUGUUAAAGAUAACGCCGUCAAUCAACCAACCAAUCAACCAACCAACCAACCAAUCAAAAAACCAAAAAACCAACCAAUCAACCAAAAAACCA